AUGAGGAAAUUUAACAUCAGGAAGGUGUUGGACGGCCUGACAGCGGGCUCGUCGUCGUCGUCCUCCUCCUCCUCGGCCGCCGCCUCCUCGCAGCAGCAGCAGCAGCAGGCUGCAACCCGGGAAAACGACAUCCCAGAGGCCCUCCAGUCCGAGCAUUUCCAGCUCUGCAAGACUGUACGCCAUGGUUUCCCUUAUCAGCCUUCAUCUUUAGCUUUUGAUCCUGUUCAGAAGAUACUGGCCAUUGGGACUCAGACUGGAGCUUUAAGGCUUUUUGGUCGGCCAGGAGUUGAAUGCUACUGCCAGCAUGACAGUGGAGCAGCUGUAAUCCAGCUUCAGUUCCUGAUAAAUGAGGGAGCCCUUGUGAGUGCCUUGGCUGAUGAUACCGUACACUUAUGGAACUUGCGUCAGAAGAGGCCCGCUAUACUGCACUCCCUAAAAUUCAACAGAGAACGGAUAACAUUUUGCCAUCUGCCUUUCCAAAGUAAAUGGCUGUAUGUGGGCACUGAAAGAGGAAAUAUACACAUUGUCAAUGUGGAGUCCUUCACUCUCUCAGGCUAUGUCAUCAUGUGGAAUAAAGCCAUUGAACUGUCAUCCAAGUCUCAUCCAGGACCUGUUGUCCAUAUUAGUGACAAUCCAAUGGAUGAAGGCAAGCUCUUGAUUGGUUUUGAAUCUGGAACAGUAGCAUUAUGGGACCUCAAGUCAAAGAAGGCAGAUUACAGAUACACGCAUGAUGAGGCAAUCCAUUCUGUAGCUUGGCAUCAUGAAGGAAAGCAAUUUAUUUGUAGCCAUUCUGAUGGCACCUUGACUAUAUGGAAUAUAAAGAACCCCACCAAGCCAUUGCAGACAAUCACUCCGCAUGGGAAGCAGGUGAAAGAUGGAAAGAAGCCAGAGCCUUGUAAACCUAUUCUUAAAGUGGAAUAUAAAACUACAAGAGCUGGAGAACCUUUCAUCAUUUUGUCAGGUGGUUUGUCAUAUGACACUGUAGGAAGAAGACCUUGUUUAACAGUCAUGCAUGGAAAGAGCACUGCUGUUUUAGAAAUGGAUUAUUCAAUAGUUGAUUUUCUAACCCUCUGUGAAACUCCAUACUCUAAUGAUUUUCAAGAGCCAUAUGCUGUGGUUGUCCUUCUAGAAAAAGAUUUAGUACUUAUUGAUCUUGCACAAAAUGGGUAUCCUAUAUUUGAGAAUCCCUAUCCCUUGAGUAUACAUGAAUCUCCAGUUACCUGUUGUGAAUACUUUGCCGAUUGUCCGGUGGACCUUAUUCCAGCACUUUAUUCAGUUGGGGCUCGACAGAAGCGUCAAGGUUAUAGUAAAAAGGAAUGGCCUAUCAAUGGUGGAAAUUGGGGUUUGGCCGCACAGAGUUAUCCAGAGAUCAUUAUUACUGGGCAUGCGGAUGGGUCAAUCAAGUUUUGGGAUGCUUCUGCAAUAACACUGCAAGUUCUAUACAAGCUAAAAACAUCUAAAGUCUUUGAAAAGUCACGAAAUAAGGACGACAGACCAAGUACAGACAUUGUAGAUGAAGACCCAUAUGCCAUUCAGAUCAUUUCAUGGUGUGCAGAAAGCAGGAUGCUAUGCAUAGCAGGAGUUUCUGCACAUGUGAUUGUUUACAGAUUCAGUAAACAAGAAAUUACAACAGAAGUUAUUCCGAUGCUUGAAGUACGGCUCUUGUAUGAAAUAAACUAUAUAGAAUCUCCAGAUCCUGAACAAGUGCCACCAUUGCCUACUCCAGGCACAGGUUCCAAUCCUCAAUCCAUUGUUCCCCAGUCUCACCCAUCCACUAGCAGCAGCUCAUCUGAUGGGCUUCGGGAUAAUGUCCCAUGUUUAAAAGUUAAAAAUUCUUCCCUGAAAGAGUCUCCAGGCUAUCAGGUUGAACUGGUUAUCCAGUUAGUGUGGGUGAGCGGAGAACCUCCUCAGCAGAUAACUAGCCUGGCAAUCAACUCUGCCUAUGGCUUAGUAGUUUUUGGCAACUGUAAUGGUAUUGCAAUGGUUGAUUACCUACAAAAGACCACGCUGUUAAACCUUGGCACCAUUGAAUUGUAUGGUUCUAAUGAUCCGUAUAGGAGGGAACCUCGAUCGCCACGUAAAAGCAGACAACCAUCAGGAGCUGGUCUUUGCGACAUUAAUGAAGGCACUACAGUACAAGAAGAUCGUUGCAAGUCACCCACCUCAGGUUCUGGUUCUCCCAUCAAUUCUGAUGAUGAUCAAAAAAUGAAUAAUUUUAUAGAAAAGGUGAAGACCAAAAGCAGAAAGUUUUCCAAGAUGGUAGCCAGUGAUAUAGCAAAAAUGUCUAGAAAAUUAAGUUUACCAACUGAACUGAAGCCUGAGUUAGAUGUAAGAGACAACUCAUUCAGCCGAUCUAGGAGUUCCAGUGUAACCAGCAUUGAUAAGGAAUCUCGAGAAGCAAUUUCAGCUCUUCACUUCUGUGAGACUUUCACACGGAAAGCUGAUACGGCUCCCUCACCGUGCUUGUGGGUUGGGACCACACUGGGUACAGUUCUAGUCAUUGCCUUGAAUUUACCCCCAGGAGGCGAGCAAAGAUUAUUACAGCCUGUAAUUGUAUCUCCCAGUGGAACCAUACUGAGACUUAAAGGAGCAAUCCUGAGAAUGGCUUUUCUGGACACAACAGGAUUAAUAGUUCCCCCAGCAUACGAACCCUGGAGAGAACCCAAUGUUGUCGAAGACAAAGAUGAAAAGGAUAAGUCAAAAAAACGGCGGCCUGUCUCAGUGUCUCCGUCAUCCUCUCAGGAAAUCAGUGAAAAUCAAUAUGCAGUGAUAUGUUCUGAAAAGCAAGCAAAAGUUAUUUCACUGCCCUCACAGAACUGUACUUAUAAACAAAAUAUAACAGAGACUUCAUUUGUCCUUCGUGGGGACAUAGUGGCGCUGAGCAACAGUAUCUGCCUCGCUUGCUUCUGUGCCAAUGGACACAUAAUGACUUUUAGUUUGCCAAGUUUAAGACCGCUGUUGGAUGUUUAUUACUUGCCACUUACCAACAUGCGAAUAGCCAGAACAUUUUGCUUCACCAACAACGGGCAGGCAUUGUACCUUGUCUCACCUACAGAAAUCCAGAGAAUCACCUACAGUCAAGAAACAUGUGAAAAUCUACAGGAAAUGUUGGGUGAAUUCUUCACACCAGUAGAAACCCCAGAGGCACCAAAUAGGGGAUUCUUCAAAGGCCUGUUUGGUGGUGGAGCACAAUCACUUGACCGAGAAGAACUUUUUGGUGAAUCGGCUGCAGGAAAGGCAUCAAGGAGCCUUGCUCAGCAUAUUCCAGGGCCUGGUGGCAUUGAAGGGGUCAAAGGAGCAGCAUCGGGAGUUGUUUGUGAAUUAGCACGAGCAAGGAUAGCAUUAGAUGAAAGAGGACAGAAGCUGGGAGAACUGGAAGAAAGAACAGCGGCUAUGUUAGCCAGUGCCGAUUCUUUCUCUAAGCAUGCGCAUGAGAUGAUGUUGAAAUGCAAAGAUAAGAAAUGGUACCAGUUCUGACAACGGAUUUCCAAAUGCAUCUAUAUAACUUUACCUUGAAGGAAAAAAAAAUCUCCUUUUCAUUCACUUCUGCCGGACUAGCAGAAUUGGAAGGGUGUCAGCCAGUGGAUACUGUUGUUUCCUAGCACAAAUUAUACACUGUUUUACCUCAGUCACACAGCUUUAACUGAGGAUCAUUAUAUUUAAAAUGGACACCUGCACAGUCACAUAAUGUGGGAGUUCAUCUUACCUGUGGGCUGACUGGAAGCCUGGAA